GUGGAUGGUUGUACCUUUCUCGAGUCGUGCCGGCAAUCAAGCUUUAACCGAUGCACAUUUUUUGAAUUAAAAUUAUUUCAGCCUGGAGUUAGUAUAGUUGUUCCGUUAGCUUGUUGGCAGCUAUUACACUUGAUAGCUCAAAGUAUUAUAACUACUAAAGUUUCAAUUAGAUUUUCCGACCGAGUAUGCGCUAAAUUUUUGAACUUCUUAGCGAUACUCUGCUCACUCACCCGAUCUUCUUAGCACUUAAAUAAAUUCAUUACUCACUUUGAACGAUAAACAGGUGGUAGGAUUUUAUAAAGUGCCAAGGAACAAGAGUAACUUUGUUUGUCAGCUCGUCGUGUUCAGACCACGGCCAUCUUCGCUACCGUCACGUCGACGCGUCUCCUGUGAGCAUGGGCCACUGCACCAGUGAUGCUGAGACGCUUGUAUCUCUGGCUUCCGAAGAUUCCAUCGUGCCUGUUGCUAAGGACUACCGCGCCUCUCCCUCCACCGCCGCCGCCAUGACCGCGUGCACGGGGGGCGAUCCCCUGGUGUGGGCGCCGCCCCCCAUACCUGACAAGCCUGAGUGCCAGGUGAUGGUGGCACUCCAUGGUGGCGGUGCCUCUACCUCCAUCAUCAGCGGUGCCAGCGACAAGGAAUACUCACGCUGCCAAGACACAUCGAACACAUCUCAUGAGACUUCCAUAGACUCUUAUAAUCACAAUAGUCCUCCCUGCAAUUCCGCUUUGAGUGGAACGCCUUUAGACUUAAAAUGCUGCGAUAGUUCAAAUGGCAACAGCUCUGAAUCGAACAUGACAUCGACUGAUUAUAGUAAUUUAAACACGGCUUCGAUAAGCUAUCUCUGCAAGACUCCCAGCGAGCACACUCACUGUGGCGUUACCGCUCUAGCAGAGCUCGCGACACCUUCCUUUACCAAUGAUGAGCUUGCAUUUAAUUCUGAAUCCUCCACAGUUCCAAAUCUGGUUCCGCUCAUCCCGUCUGAUGCCAAUAGCGUUAGUUCCUGCCAUAAUCCUAGUGCAAAUCCUAUACAGCCUCCUACUAUGCGCAGCGAGUCAACUGGUUCGUUUGAAGCACAUUUCCGGUGUUUUCCUAACAUUUCUUCGUCCAACUCGCUUAAUUCUAACAGAAGCAAAGAUUUCCCUUCUCUUGUUAAUAAUCAUACAAGAUCUGUAUCUUCUUCGCUCAUUACGUCGACGAUGUCAACAGUUUCACCGUCUAGUGGGCCCAAACUAGUUACCUCUCCAGCUUCCAAAAUCACCAAAUCCUCUAGUCUAGAAAAUCCUGCUCUUGUUGGACCUGUAGUGUGUAAUUCUCGGUUUGUUGUGCCUGAUUCUUCAAACCCUUUGUCCAAAAGUUGUGUCCAGAUCUGCCGCUCUGGUUCAAAUUCUGGUCCCGAUGAUCAAACAAAUGCUAACCUACCCGAUACCAGCUCGGAUGUGUCCGCAAACGUUACUAUCGCCCCAAGCCUUCCCGCAUUGCCGGUAAAUGAAGCCCUAAACUGCAAGCCUUCAUCCCCUGAAUAUUCCCCAACGAAGCCUCCUCCGUCUGUGGCCAUGUGUGCGAUGGCCAGUCCAUCGCUGCCAUCCCCUGCCAUCCCGACAUGCCGCCCCACGGACGACCUUCCUCCGUUGGGUCUGACGCCAGCGCUGCUGUCGGAUAUCAGCGCCGACGUGCCUGUCGGUCUGUCGGAGAGCCCAACGUGGGAGGACCUGAUCUUCCGGGUGUGCUGCUCCCUGCCGGCGCGGGUGAGGGGCCCUUGGUACAAGAGCCACCUCAGCAUCACCCAGGACGGUCCGCUGCCUCUCACCUGGCGCCUCUACAUCGCCCUCAUCGCGAUGUGUCGUCACGAAGCGCCGUACGCGGUCGUGCUGCUCGCGCGCAGUUUCCUGCGCUGCGGUGGUGAGCGUCGGUGGCUGCAGCACCACACGCACGCACCACCCAAACUGCAGCUCCUGCACACCAUCAACACCACACUUGCCCAUCAGCCCUGGGCACUCACCAAGCACCACCUUCAGGCGCUGUGUGGGUCGGGCCACAGCACCACCACGUGGGGUCCCAGCGAGGUGAUGCACGCGGUGCUGCUGCUAAGUCAUCACCACGCACUGGCCGCGUGGCUGCUGUGUGGCCCCUUCAUCACCCGCCACUCUGCCGGCCCCGCCACCACCACGGGCGCUGCCUCACCCAAGCGCCCCACGGCGGACGCUGACGACGUUGAGUGUGAUUCUGACGAGGAGGACGACGACAUCCCUUACGUCGAGCACUUCUUCGACGACCACGACAGCAACACCAGCAGCAGCAGCCUCAGCAGCAGCCCUGAGAAUGCCUCAGCUUUUCCCACCGUUAAAGCUGGGACCAACGCCCCCGUCCUUCCUGAUGGCACCGGCGACGGGGAGGCAACUAAAUCUUGCCGUGGCUGCAGUGCCACGAACUCGUCGGACGCCACGGGCGACUACGCAAAAGUCGCCGACCACACAAAAGUCACCGACUACGCAAAAGUCGCGGACCACACAAAAGUCGCGGACCAUACAAAAGUGGUCGCGCCGCUGGUGGCCGCCAAGAUGCCGCGCUUCGGGAGCGACGUCAGGACUUCGAGUCGCCCGUCCUCGCCCGUACUGCCUCCCGCAGCUCACACACAGUCUCCCCUCAAGGCGUGCGCUGUGACGCAGGUGACGGCCGCGCAGAAAGGUAACAGCGGCACCGGGGGGACCAUGGGGAGCGUCCUGCCGGGCCUCAUGCCCCCUGGGGACGGCCGCUACAAGCACUUCCCCCAUCACCUCCCUGGGGAAGACUCCCCUAAGAUCUCCAGCAGCGUGUUCCGGUGGCUGGACUACGGGUUCGACACGACCCGGCGCUUCCUGGGGGACGCCGUGACGCGGGCCCUGGACGAGCGUUUCUGUGCGGGGUCCUCCCUCAGCCACUGCCUGAGUGUGGCGGGUGUUGCUGUGGCGCCACCACGCCACAAGAAUGGCGCUUGCCAUAAACCUGUGUGGCGGCAGGUGCAGUGGCUGUGUGGCGUGCUCUACGACGACUACGACUACAAGCUGCUCAGGAAGACCAUGCCACAGCAUCUGCAGAAGCUUAUUCGCACCGCCACUUGCUUCCCGCACCGGUUGUGCACAGUGCGGCGCUCGCCGCUGUCGGAGCAGGACGUGUUGCUGGUGUGCUCCCAGAUCAUGGACUGCAGGAUGCAGUGUGAGGUGCUCUUUGCGGUGCGUGCCAUGCUCGACUACUGCACCAUGGUGCGCUACUAGACAUGCUCGACUACUGCACCAUGGUGCGCUACCAGACAUGCUCGACUACUGCACCAUGGUGCGCUACCAGCCAUGCUCGACUACUGCACCAUGGUGCGCUACUAGCCGUGUUGCGCAUCAUACUGCCUCGGUGGUGCGCAGUGAAGCUCAUAACAACUGCCACGAUAUUCAAUGCGUCGCGGAGUGCGUGUCUCCUAAUGUCGUUGAAUCCUCUUGAUUUAUGAAUAACAUUUUGUUUUCGUUGUUAUAUCAUAACAAUAUAGUCUUCUUAUUCCGUCUGUUUAGGGUAUUCUCGAAUAAAUUUACUCCAUGAGGAUCUUGAUUCGUGAUAGCCGCAUCAUUUCGAUUGGAAUAAUUAAUGAUAGAAGCUCGUUAAGUAUGGAUUGUUACAGCUAACCAAUCUUGUUAACCGUGGAAGUUGCCAGUUCGACUUGAUCUCUCGUCGCCCAUUGUUAUCACCUGCGAGGUUCAAAUCGUAGAUUUGUCGUGCUUAACGACCAAAUAUUUUUGUUAUUACAGCUUAGAUCUUUUCAUCAUAAGAGAAUAUUAUCGUUCACUCAUGCCGAUUUUUUUUAUCCGCUUACCACAUUUGACUUGGUCCAGCUGACUUGGUCCAGCUCAAUCCAAAUUUAAAACUGAUAUACGGUUAGGCUUCAUGAAGUUUUUUAAUUUUUCAUUUAAAUCUGUUUUAAUACUACAUCAUCUGUGACGUAGGUUUAACUUUUUAUAUUUUUAAUAACAUUUAGAUUUAAUCUGGCUAAUAAUUUUAUGACGUUGUGGCUCUCAGAGCUGAAUGUGUGAUUCAUAUCCAUAAUGCUGCACGAAUUCUUAAAAGAAGCGUUCGUGUAUAGCACGAAUUGAUGCGCGACACGAAUCCAUAUUCACUGCGCGUCCUCCCUUGGAGCAGAUCUCAAGUUAUUGCAUUAUUUUAGCUCCUGAUUUUCUUGUCUAAUUUUAUUGCUCUUAUUCUUACCUCUAUGUUGGUCUUCAUUUAAGUCGUGUCGACCGUGAAAUUUCAGUCGCGCUGUACGAAUUUCUUUAAUUUUUUAGUGAAUUUAGGCCAAAGUUCGUCAAUAAUCGAAUUGUGUUUUGUGUUUUCCCGUUUCGUAUUUGCCAAUUUAUCCUCAACAUCAGCGCGCCAUAAUCUCAUGUGAUGUUUAGUGUUCAUUAAUUAAUAAUGUUUAUUUUAUUCUUGAUUGAUUGUUACAUUUCUCAUUCCCGCCACUCGCUGUUCAAUUUGUAAAUGUCAAGAUGAGUCAACUUUUUGAAACGCAUGUAAUGACGAAAGAUGGAAACGAGGACACUUGAUGAUUAUUUGAAAAAAGUGCUUUACUGUUUCGAGAAUCGAUGUUACUGCUGAGAUUUUUUCCCCAUUAGUGCGCCUGCAGAUGUUCAAUUUCUUGAUUAAUCCUCGCCUGCGCAGGUCACACAUUUUUCGUUGAUGAUAUGCGCCGAAAAUAAAUACUGGGCUGAAAUAAUAUAAUAUUCACAGUUGCGCAGAUAGCGCCAGCGUGCACGGAGCGCCGGACGUUAUUAAACAUAUAACAUAAGUAUUUGGUGUCUCUCCUUGUGGACGUUAGAAAAAAAAUAUAAUUCGUAUACACGUACCCCGCUGAUAGUGAGAACGAUGCCCGUAUAAGACACUCUUUUCUGUUGAAGCCGACCUCAUCAAAGUUGGUAUAGGAUUUCUUACUACAUAAAUCCAUCAUAUUCAUUAAGUUUUAGUUGCGUGAAAACAUGUAGACACUUCAUUACAUUCUCAACCUUCUGGCAUGUGUAUUAUAAUGCGUGUGUUAAUUUUGUUAUAGAUAAGUCUUCCGCAAUGUAAAGACGCAAGCAUAACGGCAUUACUUGUAUUCAUUAAGUGAUAUGUAAAAUGAAGAGAUCGAUAGAGGUUCAUCAACAAUACUGCAUUUGUCUUUCAUAGGACAAUCUAUUUCUUUUUAUUUAUAUUGAAUAGAUUCUCCGAUAUGUAGAAUAUCAUAUACGACAGUAAUGUAUCUAUCUUUGCUUAUAACUUUAUUGUUAAGUUGAACUGAAGUGAACGUCAGUUUUACGCCACGAGUAUUCCAGCCAUCGGCUAUAGUUACUAUUUCACCUCGUGGAUAUUGUAUUAAUGCACAGCUAACGAUAAGAUUGCGAUAUUCUCCGUAUAUCUGUGCCGUAAUCUUAAUCACGUGUUAGAAAUUGUAAUGCCGGCCGUUUUCCUUUUCAGCAGCCCUACGCUGCGGGUGGUUCCCGUCGCACAACAUAUAUUAAGCUUUAACUCAAUAAUUUACAUCUGUGAAAUCGUCCAAAUAAUUCAUCUAACUUCCGAGCGAAUAUUUUCGUAUUAAAUUGUCGCAAUCGCAGAGGCUAUUCUGUGGAGUAAGCAUGCAAAUCUUAUAGCAUGUUACAUGGUAUCGACACAACGCUGGACCGCAGUACAACUCUAUAACUUUUGUAGCGACACAACGCUGGACCGCAGUACAACUCUAUAACUUUUGUAACGACACAACGCUGGACCGCAGUACAACUCUAUAACUUUUGCUUGGCAUUACAACGCAGCGAACCUACUUCUUUCUAGUCCUUUGAUCUUUAUUGCUGCUCCGACGCUUGGCAAAUUUAAUAUCAAAUAACCCAACUAAAUGCAGCAGAACGAUGAACGCGUUGUAUUCAUGUACGAUUCCGAAAAAUACAAAUGUUUCGUUUACUCCGAGGUAGCUUGUACUCGUAGUUAUUUAAUAAUAAGUAUGGAUUCAUAAAUUCGACGAAUAGAUUGUCUAGCUACUUGAUUUGUCUUCAUCUAUGCACAUUAUAUUCACAGGCUCGCUUUUCUCAUGUUAUUUAAUAUUAGUGUUGUUGUUUAGCUUAUAGACUUGCUUGAUGCCAUCCCUUGCAAUUUUGUUGCCUACUGGUUUAUUGUAAAUAAGUUAUAGAGUUCAGAUAUUCUGUUGCACUUCGUACCGCGUAAUUAAGUGUUCAGUCGUAAUUUGCCUUGAAGUUAACCUCAUGUCCGAUGCUAAGUGGUACUUGCAUCCUCUACUCAAAAUGUAGCCAAGAAUAUUAGUUUUUAGUUCAAUCCACGAGAACAAUUACCUAUAUGUAGUUCUGUAGGCCUACGUGACAGCAUAAGCCAUAUAAUUUCGGCCUAAAGCAUAUAUAGUUUCGGCCUAAUGAAAGAGAAAACUGAUGUACAUAUGUUAUUGUCUUGCUAGCUGGUGACUUGUGCACUAGGAAGACGCAGCUG